AUGCCACAUAAUAUAGCAUUUGUCUGUGACUUCUUUUAUCCAAGACUAGGAGGUGUAGAAAUGCAUCAGUACCAGCUAGCUCAAUGCUUAAUAGAGCGUGGACACAAAGUAAUCAUAAUUACUCAUGCGUAUGGAGACCGAACUGGUGUGAGAUAUCUAACAAAUGGACUUAAAGUUUAUUAUUGCCCAGUAGUUCCCUUUGUAGACCAAUGCUCAUUUCCAACUUUAUUUGGCUUUUUCCCUCUACUCCGCACAAUUUUAAUUAGAGAAAAGAUCGAAAUUGUUCAUGCACAUCAAGCAACCUCAUAUCUUGGCCAAGAGUCUAUGAUUCACGCGAAAACUAUGGGUUAUAAAUGUGUGUAUACAGACCAUUCUUUAUUUGGUUUUUCAGAUGCUGCAUGCAUACACAUCAAUAAAGUCUUAAAGUUUAUUCUCUCUGAUGUUGAUCAUGCAAUAUGUGUUUCUCACACAAAUAAAGAAAAUUUAGUGCUAUUCCUCCCUUGAAGAGCGUGGACAAACCAUUGAAAAAUGCUCCUUAUAAAGCGACGAAAUAUAUAAAUAAAUUAUUUUUUUUAUUAAUUAAUUGCUAUAAGCUUAUUUUAUUUUUGGCAGCUUGAUUCUUAAACAUAAUUAUAAAUUGAAUUAGAUUUUAUUUUCAAAUACUGUAAUUGGGAUAUUUUAAAAUCUGAAAAAAGAAAUUAAGCCCCUUUUAAGGAGCAAGUAAAAAUCUUUGCUCUCCAAAAAGUGGGGAAGUAAGAGCAAAAUUUGAUCCAUAUAAAAUCUCAGUGAUUCCUAAUGCUGUAGAUGCUCAUAGGUUUACACCAGACCCAUCUGCUAGGUAUCCGUUAAAUACGAUAAAUAUUGUGGUGGUGUCUAGGCUGACUUAUAGAAAAGGAACAGAUUUAUUGGUAGAUGUGAUUCCAGCUAUCGCAGCGAUGUUUCCAGAAGCUUAUUUUAUUAUUGGUGGAGGAGGUCCAAAAAGACAGUUACUGGAAGAAAUUAAAGAAAAACACCAUUUGCACAAUAGGAUGGAGCUGCUAGGCCCAAUCCCUCAUAAUCAAGUGAGAAAUGUAUUAGUUCGAGGCCAUAUCUUUUUAAAUACUUCUCUCACUGAAGCCUUUUGCAUAGCAAUAGUAGAAGCUGCAAGCUGCGGAUUAAAAAUUGUGACGACAGAUGUGGGAGGUAUAACUGAAGUGCUACCACAACACAUGGUAUAUUUAGCGAAGCCAGACCCUAAAUAUAUGCCUAGAAAAAGGAAUAGACUAAAUUUAUUUAUCAAGUAAAUGCCAUAUUUUCUAUAUGAUUCUUCUAAUAAUUAUCUCACAUCAAGUUUUAUUUUCUAUAAAUAAAAAUAUAAUCGAGGCACUAUGCAAAGCAAUUCCACUUGCUAGAGAAGUUCCUUCACAAGAAUAUCAUGAAGAAGUGUUAAAUAUGUACAACUGGAGAAACGUCGCUGAAAGAACUGAAAAAGUUUACGAUAACUUGCCAACAGUAAAGAAUCCUCUUAUAAACAGAUUCAAGAGAGCUGGAGGCUUUGGGCCUUGGGCUGGGAUUUUAGGUGUUUUAAUCGCAGCCUUAGAUUUUUUAGUGUUCAUGAUCAUUUGCUGGUAUAAGCCUGUCGAAACCAUCGAAGAGGCUCCUGAUUUCCCAUACCAAAAAUAUAAGCAGAACAAGCAAAAGUAUGGAGAUCAUUCAUUUUCAGUUUAUAAAGAUUAG